AUGCAGAAUACGACACCGUCUCAGGCGGCCUUGGCGCUCGCACGCGCUCUGCUAAAACGAGUACCCAACCGCCAAUUCUUCUUCACCUUCACAGCCCUCGCAGUUUGGGGUGCCAAGAUAAUACACAUUUACGCACACAUCAAUGCCGUGCACCAAAAUCUAUUACAUCGUUGGGGCUAUUCGUUCGUUACACAAGAUGUCGUCCUCCUCACCCUCAUUCGACUUCUCCUUGACCAAUGGUCCACGGGCCUACCCACGCGGUCGCAAAUCGCUGUCCUCGUCUUCACCGCGAUAUUCAUGUUCAUCAACGCGUUGCUUAGUGUGGUCUCGAUAUCCUUCUACCUCGUCGCCGGCUCCGAAAUACAUUAUAGCAACAUCUCUCUGCCAAACGACCCCUCCUCCAAAUCGUUGAUGCUGUCGGGCAGCGUCGCAUUUACAAGUGUCCUCUGCGCCAACAUCUUAUUGAGCUGGCUCCUCAAGACACCUUGCUACAACAUCCAUGGCUACGUCGCUGAGGUUAUACAUCGAUCGAUCGCCAAUGCUUGGCAAUUCCUUCGUCGCAUUCUUCCCCGCCACAAUCGCUAUGCUCCUCUACCGAAAGCCGAUCUCGAGGGCCAGGCUGAUUCCUUCGAUGACGAAAGUUCCGACGACGACCUCCAAGAACAAAAGACCCAGCACUUGAGCCCGUUCCAAUUCCGACUCAGAACUGCUUUGAGAUCCGUGCCAUUCGCUUUGGCGGCCAUCUUCUUGCUCACGCUCGUCUACGCGGCCGUCGCACGACCCUCCGACCGAUCCCUCAUAUUUCUCUCUUACACCGCAGCACUGUCGCCAUUCGUGGACUUUUCCUCGGGACCGACAUUGCAAGACUUGCCUAGUGUUUUCGGCACUGGCAUCCAGCACAGCUGGGACAAUGUCACUGCGCUCGCAACGGCCGAGCCAUUUGAUUGGCUUCCCAAUGAUCAAGUGUUGGCCGGCUUCGAGGAUUGGCACUGGAAGCGCCCGCAUUACAAUGCUGAUGUCGACCCAUUGAAGAUUUCGAAUCUCGGACAAGACAUUGUUCCCACACUGAAGGACAAGCUGCAAGACGUUCCCAUCCGACAUGUCAUUCUGUGCUUCCUCGAAAGCACACGAAAUGACGUUUUCCCAAUUAAGAAGGAUGGAAACAUUUGGAAGCUUUUGGCAUCAACAUUCCCCGACAACAAGAUUCCUCAAGAGGCUCAUGAGAAAUUGGCCAAUCUUACUCCUACCGCCAAUUACAUUACAGGCGACUACGACGAUGGCUUCGACCACCAAGGGUCCAAGCCCAAGCGUGGCGGCGUUCACUUCACCAAUGCCCAUACCACCGGCACCUUUACUUUUAAGAGCUUGGUCGGUACCUUAUGCGGUAUCGGCCCAUUGCUCGCGGACUUCAAUCUCGACUACGCGCACCAUAUCUACCAGCCUUGCUUGGCCAAUAUCUUCGAAGCUCUGAACCAAGUGUCCAACACUACCGACGCCGGGUCGCGCCCCUUCAACGACUUCAAGUGGCAGUCAUACUUCUACUCAGCUGCGACUUUGGGAUAUAACAAUCAGCAAGAGUUGAUGGAGGCAACUGGCUUUCCGGAGGAGCAUCUCAUCGGACUUGAGUGGCUACGAUCUGAGAAUGCGACACACGGGCCGGUAACACUACCACGAAUCAACGGCUUUGCCUUUGAAGAGGACCCCUUGGAGGAUUACUUCCGUGACGUGUUUGUCCAGGCCAAGGAGAAGGAUGAGCGAGUCUUCUUGUCGCACAUCACAUCGACAAGUCACCACGCCUACAAGCUGCCCGAGGGAGAGGAGUACGUCCCACUUGCUAAUGGCCAUGAUAUGCUUUCGCAUUAUCUCAAUACGGAAGGCUAUGAUGAUCGAUGGCUACGCAAGAUCUUGGAUCUACUAGACGAGCAGGGUGUCGCCAAUGAGACCCUCAUUGUCUUCGUCGGCGACCACGGAAUCUCGAUGCCUGAGAACGGCGCCGUGUCGCCCUACUACAACCCUAGCAUCGGCAUCGACCACGUUCCUCUCGUCCUAUCUCAUCCUCUCCUGCCCGCUUUCGACAUCCACGAUGCCGUUCAUUCCUCCCAAAUCUUACCAACCAUCCUCGAUCUUCUCCUCGAGACAGGUUCCCUAAACAACGCCAGCCGACAAGUGGCUUCCGACCUCGUCCGCAAUUACGAAGGCCAAUCCCUCAUUCGACCUCUUCUCACAAAGAACGAGACAACCGGCCAAGGGAACUGGCAGUUCGUCGUGGUAAAUCCAGGUCGCGCUGUAGUAACUGCCCGAGAUGCCCGUCACCCAGAGCGCCACCUUGCCAUUCCUCUCAUCGACAAUGUCGAAUGGCGAUUGAGCAACGUGGAUGAAGAUCCCAUGGAGCACGACUCUGUGCAGAGUUUCGACUUUACUUCUUUCACAGAUGUUGUUUCACGGAGGUUUGGCAAUGACGUUGCGCAAUGGGUUGAAGAGGGGGCUUUCAUAGCGAGAUGGUGGGCGGAAGAAAACCAUAAACGGUGGCAAUAUGGGGAAUAUGAUGAGCGAAAAACAGCCUAA